AUGCUUGCAAAGGCUACGAAAUUAAUUGUAGCUGGUAUUGCUAUUUUCUUGUCAGGAGAUUUUGCAAAUGCGUGGUAUCAGAAUGAAUAUAAUAAAAAUCUUCUCAAAAAUACCAUUGAAAAAGGCACUCAACCUGUGACUGAUAUUUUAGAUAAUGAGUUCAUUCCUCGACCUCUACUUAUAAAACGUUUCAAAGAAAUUCUUCAACCAGAUAAAGAUCAAUCAUUUUAUCACGUUAUUUGUGGAGAAAAAGGAAUCGGAAAAACAACAUUAGCUACAGUUGCAUCAAGAGAAGUUGGACAGGGUGUCAUAUAUGUUGAUGUCCCAGAAAAUUUUGAAUUCUUUGGUGAAUCUUUUGGAAAGGCUAUUAAUUUUACAUUUAAGGAAAAAAUUUCUUUAUUAACACGACUAAAACGGAAAUUCUUGAGUGAAACUCAAGAAAAAGAAAAUAUGAAUCUUCCAAAAUGGAUGAGAGCUAAGAGAGCCUUUGAGGAUGUCGCUCAAUCAUACAAAGUAAAUCACAAUAAACCUUCCGUUAUAAUUUUUGAUAAUGUUGACCGAUUGAAAAAUCAUCCAGAAAUUAUUGAUAGUCUACAGGAUUCUGCUAUGAAAAAUGCCAAACAAAACAAAUACAUUACCGUAUUUAUUAGCACAAAAGGUCCUAUCCUCGAAAGAAUGGAAUCACGUGGUACUUUGUCACAAGUACUUGAAAAACUGGAAAUUGGUGAUCUUAGCGAAAGUGAAUCAAAAGAUUAUUUGAUUAAGAAAUGCACAGCUGAAAAUUUACAAUUUGAAGAGACCACAAGAAAAUGUAUGAUCAAUGAUGAUGAAGUAAAUAAAUUAUAUAAACUUGCCGGUGGUCGUAUUUUGGAUUUAAAGAGAGAGGUGAAUAAAUUUCUGCAUGGAAAAAUUUUUGAAGAAACUAAAAAGGAAGUAAUGGAUAAUGUUGAAAAUGAAGUUAAAGCUGCGCACCUAUUCCCAAAUCAGAAAUACUAUAAAAUAGGAAAACCUAUCAUCAAAACUUUAUUGAAUUCGAAAGAGAUGCACUAUCUUGAUUUUAGGAGUGCUUUCUACACGAUAGGGGAUGUUGAAAAAGUAUUAGAAGAAGUAUUAGCAUGCAAUGUAUUUGAAUAUCAUCCAGGGAAACACAUCGUGACAUUUAAGUCUCCGUCAGUAGAAUACUAUUUUAAGGAAAAGUCUGAUGUAUUCAUUAAAAAUUAUGUGUAA